AUAACGUAUUUUUUCAUUAUUAUCUAUGAAAUAGACAUUUCAAACAAGACAUUCCGGAAAACAAUGAACGCUGUUGGAACUUGAAUUUAGACAUGUAGCAGUGUCUAUAAAAUGUUUUAUUAUUUAGUACAGAAGCAUGAAGAGCACAAACGACAUUGAGAAAUAUUGGACGUUGCAAUGGAAGUUUAUAAACAAGAGCUAAAAGAUGUGACCAGAGAAUUAGCUCAUAUUGAGGGUGAGAUCCAGGACCUGUUAAACAGACAGUCUUCUCUUCUUGCAAGAAAAGAUGAAAUUGAAUCCAUACUUGAGCAGAGUGCUCUUAUACAACAGACUGACACAAAAUGGGACUCUACAGACUUUUCAUGGAGUGAAGAAUUGCAGAUAAAGAUGAAAAGUAUCUUCAAUAUCAAAUGCUUGCGUCCAAUGCAGCUACAGACAAUGAAUGUGACCAUGUCUGGAAAGGAUGCUAUGCUGAUCAUGCCGACUGGGGGUGGCAAGAGUCUAUGUUUUCAGUUACCUGCUCUCUUAUCAAAAGGUGUGACAUUGGUUGUCUCCCCUUUGGUUUCUCUGAUGGAGGACCAAGUGAUGGCGCUAGAAGCAUUACAGGUAGAUGCCACCAUGUUAAAUGCUUCUGUGGACAGACAUAAAGCAACAGCAAUACAGAAUUCAAUGGUGGACAAAAAUUCCUUGCUCAAACUACUUUAUGUUACUCCUGAAAAACUAGCGAAGAGUAAACGCUUCAUGAACAAACUGGAAAAAAUGUACCAAAUGGGACGAUUUUCUCGACUUGUUAUUGACGAAGUUCACUGUUGUUCACAGUGGGGACAUGAUUUUCGACCAGACUACAAAUUCCUGGGAAUCAUGAAAAGACAGUUUCCAGAGGUGCCUAUUCUGGGCCUCACAGCCACUGCUACUACCAACGUUUUGGAAGAUGUAAAGAAAAUCCUCAGUAUUCCUCACUGCCUUGUGUUCAAAGCCUCCUUCAACAGACCUAACCUGUAUUAUGAGAUCCGACCAAAACCAUCUGGAAGUAAAGAUGCUCUGGACGAAAUCCAGAAAUUGAUAAAGAAAAAGUUUGAUGGCAUGUCAGGUAUCAUAUACUGUUUCUCAAGAAAGGAGUCAGAAGACGUUGCUAUAGGAUUACGGGAGAGAGGAAUAAAGACAGGCAGCUAUCAUUCAGAUAUGAGUGCUACACAGCGCAGCAGUGUACACAAAAUGUGGCUCUCUAACAAAAUACAGGUUGUGGUGGCCACAGUAGCAUUUGGAAUGGGAAUAGACAAACCAGAUGUGCGGUUUGUAAUUCAUCACUCCCUCAGCAAGUCCAUGGAGAAUCUGUACCAGGAAAGUGGACGUGCUGGUCGUGACGACAAAGUCGCCCACUGCAUUAUCUUCUACAGAUUACAAGAUGUCUUCAGACAGAGCACCAUGGUUUUUACAGAGCAGACAGGAUUGGACAACUUGUAUGGCAUAGUGUCUUACUGUACAGAUAUAUCACAUUGCAGGAGAAGUAUGAUAGCUCGACACUUUGGUGAGGUUUGGGACAGGUCGCAAUGUAACAAGAUGUGUGACCAUUGUGACGACACAUACCGUGUGACCCCUGAGAAACGAGAUGUUACCAAGUUAUGUCAGAAUGUCCUGACCAUCCUAGAUCAUGCCGCCCAGACUCAGCAACGUGUUACAGCAGCCAAACUGUUGGAUGCCUGGGAAGGUCGUGGUGCUAGCUCCUUAAGAGUGAAGGAUAUCCCUCAACCAAACAUCUCACGAGACAAGCUGGAAAGAAUCCUUUCCCACCUACUGAUGAACGGUUAUAUAAAGGAAGAUUUCCACUUCACUGCAUACUCCACCAUUAGUUAUUUAGUCGCAGGUGCAAAAAGCAGAUUAUUACAAAGUGGAAGUGUAAAGAUUGGUAUGGAAUUCCCAGGAAAGAAGAAAGCCUCGACUACCACUGAUUCAUCAGACUCCAAACCAUUAAAACUGAAAAAAACCAGUUCUACCCCUGAUAAAUUAUCCUCCACAACCGAUUCAAAAUCCGCAGGUGUGAAAAGAACAAUUUCUUCUCCGGCAAAACAAAAGUCAUCUGCCAACCAGGAAAAACCGAGACUAGUUAUCAUCAACAAACAAAAUUCUCACUUCACCACAUUAACAGAUGAACCAGAUGACAUUGAUGUGACCUCUAAACAGCCUCAAACUUGCAGUAAAUGUACAGAUUCUGAUGAGGAUUUGGAAGUAGUUACCCGAGAGAAAUCAUCGGGUGCUGAGGACAGAUCGCAAUCUCAGUGUGGUAUCACUAGAAGUGAUGUAGCAGGCAAAUUCCCAUUGUCUAAAAAGAGGAAGAAAUAUGCUUUCAGUGAUACAGACAGUGACGACCUUGACUUCUGUCAGGAGAAAACUAAGAAGAAACCAUCAGUGAAAAAGAAGAUUUCCAAGACUACAAAAGACACAGAUCUCAUGAGAAUCUCAGCAAAUGCUAUUUCUAAUGGAGAAACUAUCUGUUUAGAUAGCAGUGAAAGUGAUGAUAGUUAGCCUGAUCUGAGAAAAAAAACCCGACACCUAACUAUACAUUAAAAAGAUGUUGUUGUUUUAA